UCCAAAAAUCAUUAAAGACAUUCUUCAAGUCUUUCAAACAAGACUUUUAAAAGUCAUUUUCACUCUUUCAAAAUCAAGAACGUGAGCUUCUGAGAAUUGAAGAAGGAAAUAGCAUGGUUCUACAAUUUCAACAAUUAUAGAACGUUAAUUUCCCAAACAAUUCUUAGAAUUUUAGCAACGGAGAAAUUUUGCGGUUCUAACGAAGUACGGUAUAACUUUUUCCAAAGAUAUCAUACAGAUUUUCUCUACUUCGGGUCCAGACAGACAGGUCGAGAGCCCUCCAAGUAGUCUAUCAGCUCAGCGGAAGAUGUUAGUGCGCCCUAUUUACUUCGGAGUUGCGUGUUUGGGCCAUGUGAAUCUAAAAAGGUAAAAAAAAGUGAGAGGAACGAAUAGGUGUAAAAAAGUUGAAGGACUCAAAGCUGGAGAAAAGUUGCGCGUCACUUUCUAUCAUAAUAGGGUUGUUGGGCAGCAUCAUGCCUCAUUUACGAGAUAUUUGGGUAUAUUGGUUCGUGAUCGUAAUAUGUGCCCAUUGCGUGUACACUCAUGGAAAGACAUUGAAGAAUAUAAGCUACAACACAUGUGGGAAGCUAUUACGCUUCGUUCAUUCAGGGAACAAGCCUGUUUCAAUAUUGAUGCAGCUUCCGAAUAAGACAUUAUCGCCCCACGCCCGAAUAAAUUCUCUUGUAAUGAUCUGUGGCAGCCCAAGAUUAUUCAAGGAUAAAUUUGUCACUGAUGACAUAAAUGAUCAACGAGAUCAUGUCUUGAAACAUAUGAGAAAGUUGUGGAACAAUUGGAGAGGAUCGAUGCACAAGAAUAUUAAGUCUAAGCCAUUCCGUUAUGCUAUAAAAGAUGUGCCAAAGGGGGUAGGCAAGAGUGAUUGGGAAUGGCUGGUCAAAGAGCAUUUUUUUACUGAAAAAUUUAAGGAUAAAAUCAAAGAAUUGGUGCAAUCUGAAUCGUCUCUUACAAUCAUUGAGGUUGUAGAAAGGUGCUUCGAACCUCAACGAAAGAGUCAUGUAGUUAGAUUUGGUGAUGGGAUAACCGCUAAGGAGUUGAAAAGUGGUAACUCCUCUAAAGCUGCAUUGUUGGAAAAGCUGAAUGCUACUGUAAAAGAAACUGAAUCACGGAAAGGACAUUUGGAAGGGCUAGAGAGCAAAUAUGAUGAGCUAGGGAGUAAAUACGCACAACUUGCAAAGAUAGUGUUUGAUCAGCUUUCAUCACCAUCUUCAAGUGAUCAAUAAAUUGAAUCAUAUAACGGAUCAAAAAUUUGAAGUCCGAAGAACCUAUCCUUGAAGAAAGUGUAGAGCAAGUUGAAGUACAAGAUGUUUUUGGUUCGUUAGGAAUGGUUUAAAGACACUGUCUUAUGUACAUAUAUAUGCUGCAAUUUUACUUUUUUUCCUUUUUAGGAAUUAUUAAAAAUGAUAAUUAACUCAUCUCACUUUAUGCUUCCAGUUGUCCCCCGGAUGGGAUUUAUUUUUACUUUUCAUUGUUUUAGUAAGAUGGGUUUCUUACAAUUUGGAUUGGU